UAAGCCAAAGGCAAAAUUUUCUUUGACAUCUGAAGAGGCAAAGUUAGUAUGUAGAUGGAUUAAGGAACUAAAAAUGCCCGAUGGUUAUGCCUCGAAUCUUUCUAGGUGUGCUGAUGUCACCAAGGGUAGGAUGAAGGGGAUGAAAAGCCAUGACUGUCAUGUUUUCAUGGAGUGUUUGCUUCCAAUUGCUUUUCGUUCCUUGCCUCCCGAGAUAUGGAAGCCGCUAACUGAGUUAAGUCGUUUUUUCAAAGAUUUGUGUUGUAAUACGUUGAAGUUGGAAGACCUUGUUAGGUUGGAACAGAACAUUACCAUCAUCAUAUGCAAGCUUGAAAGAAUUUUUCCUCCAGGUUUCUUUGACUCAAUGGAACAUCUCCCGAUUCACCUACCUAAUGAAGCAAUCCUUGGUGGUCCUGUGCAAUAUCGUUGGAUGUAUCCAUUUGAAAGAUUGAUGGGAGACUUCAAGCGUUCGGUGAAAAAUAAAGCUAGGGUUGAAGGUUCAAUAUGCACUGCCUACUUGCACCGUGAAACUACUCAUUUUUUCUCUCACUAUUUCAAGACCUUUAGUUUGUUUCCAAGUACAAGUUUAAGGAAUGAUCCUCGACCAGAUCAUGAGAAUUCCCAACCAACACUUUCAAUUUUUAGCAAAUGUGGCCAUCCUAGUGGAAAAUCUCGUGACUAUUGGGUGAUUGAUAAGGAAUGGAAGUCUGCUCACGUGCACGUCCUAAUCAAUUGUGACGAGGUUAAACCGUAUCUCGAGUAAGUACAUUUUUGU